AAACCCCAAAGCCCACCAAGCUUUAUCUCCAGCUGCCCAUUGUCCACUUUCUUAAUCUGUCAGCUCCAUCGUUUCCUCUCAAGACCUAGACUUUCUACGAAGAGUCUCUCCACCGGAAAUGGAUUCCCAUACUGAUGCCGGUGGUCUCACAACCUUUCUUAACCCACCCCAAGACCAAAUCGUUCAAGCUGCGGCAUCCCAAUAUCAAUCACAAUCAUUCCUUCCCGGAAACACAACUCCCCCUCCUCAUCCUCCUUCCCAGCUUAACAUAAACCAAACCCAAAUCCCAAUGCCUCCAGAGCAGCUGCAGCUCGGUGUUGCAGAAAACGUCUUGAAGCAACAACACUUAAUGGCAAUGGGUGUUCAAAAAACCCUAUCAAGGACUUCCAUCCUCGUUAAUUUCCUUCCCACAGGAACCCUCCUCGCCUUCGAAAUGCUCCUCCCAUCGGUCUCAGGGAACGGCAAGUGCAACGAGGUGAGCACUUUUUUGAUAGGAUCUAUCUUGGCCCUCUGUGCCAUUACCUGUUGUUUCUUUCACUUCACUGACAGUGUUCGUCAAGGAGAGAAGGUAGUCUAUGGGUUUGUAACCUUCAAGGGGUUAUUGGUGUACACAUCUGAUGCGGGUCUGGAUUUCAUAAAAGAACCCAUCCGUCUCAAGGCUGGAUUCACUGAUUUCUUACAUGCUGUCAUGUCUGCCAUGGUGUUCGUAGCAAUCGCAUUCUCUGAUCAUCGAGUCACUAGUUGCCUUUUCCCUAGUCAUGUUAAGGCCAUGGACGAGAUUAUGCAGACUUUUCCUAUCAUGGUGGGUAUUGUGUGCAGUGGCCUCUUCCUUAUCUUCCCCACCACUCGCUAUGGCAUAGGCUGCAUGCCUUCUUAGAGGACUCCCAUGAACAACCAACAUCAAUGCUAUUCUUAUGUGUUAUGCAAAAAAACAUAUUUAACCCAAAAAAAAAAAAAAAAAAAUGAUAUCCUUAUGUGUUGUGCAAUUUCCUAUCUUUAUCCAUGAAAAAAAAAAAAACCCUACUUGGUUGUGCACCCUUCAAACCUUCAAACGGAUGGCGAAAAAACUACCCUGCCUUGUGGAUGGAUUUGUGUGUGUUUCCGAUGAUUGGUUCUUAUGUUGCUGCAGUGGUCACUUGGUCAAAUAGUGAUCUCAAACACCUAACAUAUUUUAUGUAAGAUAUUCACUUUUCCAGUGUUUGGUUAUUAUAAAAUGUGAUAUAAAAUAUUAUUUUUAA